AUGAGUCGCAAAGAUGUCCUUAGUCUUUUCGUCUCCCUGACACUGCGCCGUCAUAGUCGUUGCCCUUUCCGACUUCAAGCUGUGUCUCGCAGAGCCUCAACCUCGAAUUCCCCUGCGACGGAGAAAGUCCGAGUCGAUAUCAAGAAACCCACAAUCCCCCUCCACGUCGGCCUGGACCGAAAUCCUGAAAAUCUCUCUGCUAUCUCGAGGAUUCCAAUCCCACGAGGAGUGACGGGUGAGAAAUUCACACCCUCGGUACUAGCCCGCCCGCUCGGCCUCGAACAUCCCCCACGGCCCGGUGAAAACAGUCCCAUUGACAAUCGCACUCUCCGCGAAAGGCACGAAGAAUUCACAAGCUACGAGAAGGCCCUCGAGCGACGGCGGAUCUACCUGCGGACGUUCUUCCGUCCCUAUUUUCAAGAAUGGCGACGAGUUGAUCAUUUCAAGGGAAAGAGUUUUGUCUCAAAUCCUCGGUUGUUCAAACGUGAAAAGGCACUUUAUUUCCCCAAUAUUUGGGGCCAAACACUAGCCGCCGAAGGUGAUGGGCCUCAAGGCGGACGAGACACCACUCCCGUGCUUAUGGGCAAAGUCUCCGUCAUAGCGAUGCAGUCGGGCCAUUGGGCGGAAGAACAGGUUGACACUUUCGUCAGUGUCAAAAGUAAUCCAGAACUGAACAAAAUGAUUGAAGAAAGCAACGGCCAUCUGCAACGAGUGGAUAUCAAUCUUCAAGGUGACUGGAUCCGUGCUCUGCUCGUCAAGAUGUUUAGCGGACGUUUGAGGAAGACCAUACCAGAAGAACGUUGGGGCAAGUACUUUAUGAUCAAAUUGCCUCGCGAUAUUCGUCGCGGACUCAAUGAUGAAACGCGCGAUGCGAUCGGUCUACUCAACUCGCAGGUCGGAUAUGUGUAUCUGGUGGACUCGAGCUGCAAGAUCCGAUGGGCAGGGAGUGGUCACGCAUGGGAAGGUGAGGUGCAAGGUCUGAAUGCAGCAGUUCAAAGACUGCUUCAAGAAGAAGAAAAUCUGGGACAGACAUCCUCCCAACCCAUAUCGCAUCGCUCCAAGUCCGUUACUCCGAAAUCAAGAGUCCCAACACCCGAGAUGGACAAGUCGAGAGCUACUCCGAACAAGCGCAAUGCGAUACCCACAGCCAUCACAGCCUGA